AUAAGCCUGGUGGUAAAACACUUCCUGCUCUGAUAUUCUCAAGUACUGUAUGGGAGAAGUUACACUUCAGAAUCUUUCUCACUUUCCUUACAGUGUGAUGCCUUUGGUCUGUAUUACCUGCUGAUUCUUAAUGGUAUGGUGAUGUAUGUUUUAACUUGCAGAGGGAAAAAAAAAACGCUUUAAACAACUUUUGACUAAUGUAAUGAAAAGUCUAGUCUGUGUCAAUGUAAACACAUUUAAUGACUCUUGUGUGAACUGCAACAGACAGAUCUGAGAUGCAAAACGUUUUUAUUUCUUGAGCAGAAGCUGUAGGGGUAAUGCAACUGCAGGGCUUCAUUGGAAGCCUUUAGUGCUUUUCUUGACAUUGUGUAUGAAUUGUCUUCCAAUUCAGAACCCAUUUAAAAUUACUUAACUGUGCUACAACUAAUUAUAAAUAAAGUAUACAUUAUCUUUAAAAAAAUCAAGAUCUCAAUUUAAUUGAUGGUGGACUGUCCCAGAGUUAAGUUUUCCAAGCUGUUUUGUAUGCAUCAGAAUGCAGAUUUUAUUUGCAUAGUCACAUAAUUUUUUCCCAGAAAUUGUGCUUUGUUCAGUGUACUGCAUAAGCAGUGCUCAAUACCAUUAUGAUUUUUCUUCUUUGUUCAAUGAAUGUCUGUUGCACUCAGUUGGAGCAUGUUCCCAAAUAUAUAAUUUAUGGUUUUCUGCUCUGUCAUCACAGUAUUUGUACUUGUCUUCAAGUAUUCCGAAUUUAUCUGGUAUUUGAUUUUCACACACCUCCUUAUACUUUACAGUAUUAGUAUUAUUCCUGGUCUAUAGAAAGGAAACUGAGGCACAUGCUCCAAACUCUAUAUACUUCCACUUCCCCAUACAGUGGAUAGUUUUAGGAUAAUGAAUGCUGCUAGUAUGGAAUUUGUCUUUUCCCUUAUGUGUUUUACAGAGUACAGUUAGAUACUGCACUUUUCCCCACUGAGUAAGCCUGAUGCUUUGAACCUUUAGGCCCAGCAGAAUUCUAAAUUUCCCUGGUAUUUCUCUCGUGCAUUGUUUUAAACAUUCUUCCUGCAACUGGAAGUGCAGUGACUCCCCUGACUCCCACCACUGGUACUUCCACAGCAAAAAAUCAGGCCCUACAAAUUUAGGGCCUGAGCAGCCUGAUGUUCCAUAGAUCAUCUCUGUGUCAAGGUUACCAAUGAAAGUGGUACCAGAGGAAUUGCAGAACCAUGGGGAACAAAUGAGUGUCAUGGUAUUCUAGAAGCACUUUCACGACAAAAUAAUUUCCCCUAGAGAAGCCUAAGAUCUAUUUGACUUCAUUCAUUGGAAUUGCAAAAUUCUGCUUUCUGCAGAAUGUUUUUAUCAGGGAAAAUGUGUUUAGAUUGUAUCCACUGAAAAAUUAAUGUGGGAGCUUGUAUAAAUGCAUGUGGAGCCUUACAGCCUGUAGGGGUAAUUUCAUCUUUGUUGCUGACUGCACUUCCAGUAACUGUUCAUAGGAACUGAGAAAUUACCUAGAACAGCUUGUGGCUUAGAAAAAAACUCCACACAUGUUGAAUUUGGUUCAGCUGUGAAAAUCUGGAAGAUUACAGCUAUUCCAAAUUUAACUAGGGGACACAAUAGAGACUAGACUGCCCUUUAGCUAAUUUAUUGUAAAAAUGAUCUAGUUUCAAAGUUAAAAAACAUUUAAAUGCUCUCCUGUCCUCCUUUGCUUAUGCUUAACUGAAUUUAGGCAGGGAGAGAGGUUAGCUACUUAAGAAACAGAGGACUUAUUCACAUUCAGAGUGAUUGAAAAUAGACAAGAGCCUUCACCAUGAGUAGGUUAUUGCUGGUAGAUCUCAAGAGCAGGCUGAUACUGGCAAGUGUGCAAAACUGAUACUUAUUUCUCCUGACAUAAAAAUAUGUCUGAGAUUGGUGAGAGGGAUCUUAGCUGGAAGGAAACAAUUGUCUUUAGAAUCAGAAUUGGAAGAUUCAGGCCUUGCUGCUUUUACAUCAGACAUGGCAUGAACAUUGCUCAUUUUCUCAGUGCUGGUUCUUAUUGCAGCUGAGUGUCAGAGUAAGACUUUGUUGGACAGCAUGGAAGGACAACAUUUCUAGAAAAGGAAAACCUGUGCUAUACACAAAGAACAUAUCCCUGUUUGGCAAUAAUUCAGGUUGUGUCUAAUACUGCUGUAUACAAGGGUGAAUUUGCUGCUUUUAUUAAUCUCUGUAUCUCUUCUGUGGAAUUAAUAAUAUAGAUAGUAUUCCUUUUUGCAAACUGGCAAUUUGUUCAACCAGGUUGCCUUCUUGACUGUGUAACUUGAGUAUCAUUGAUGUUAGUGAUAUUACACUGGUGUAUCUGGAAAAAGAAAUGAGGGCAUUGAGACUGCAACUUGUCAAAGGUCAGUCAGUCAAUGUGUACAAAUGCUGAGUUUAGAACACAGCAGUGCCUGAUGUCCUGUGCCCAUCAUCUCUACCUCAUACCUCAGUGAUUUCAAACCUGUGUCCCUCAGAUAUAGUUGUUGUCUGGAAACUAACUUAGUUGAUGGUAUUUGUUUCUAGAUAAAUAAAGGCAUAUUGUCUUUGCACUCCUUGUCUCUCACACAUACCUCUCUCAUUGUGACCAAAACUAUUGCUGAACAAUGUGGUGCCAUUUCAGAUGACAGUCUCAGUUAAAUAAUUUAAGGGUCACAGGCUGGCCUACAAAGGGAUUUUUUAAACUGGUUGUAUUAAUGAAUUACAAAUUGUAUCAUCAGUUGCAGCCGUAGUCACACAGGGUUUGCUUAGUAUCUCUGUAGGGUAAAGCUAAGCAAGCAUAAAAUAGGAACAUAGGCAGGAUUCUGGGAACACAUGAUGUGUGAAGGUUUCUUCAAAAGGUUUGUAACAGGCCAUGCUAUACCCCUAGUCCUGCCUCUUGCAUUCUCGUCACUGAACCAUUUUUAAAAUCCUGGAUCUGUCUCACCAUUUUUUCCACUAUUACGCCAGCCCUAUUUGUGGUUUCCCCACCUGUUACUGUGUGUAUUGCUCCACAACUUCAGUGUGCCAAGACUGACUGCAGUGUGGUAUAUAAAUUACAAUAUACUUUCCCCAGUUUUUCCUUUGCCCACUUGUAAUCUGUGCAAAGCAUUUAUCAAAGCUUCUGAUAUUAUUUAGUCCGUGAUCUAAUCUUUGUGAGUUGCCCCUACCCUGACAGGAACCAUUAAAUCAGAAAGACACCCUCGAGUGUCUAGCUCAAGGGAUAAGAGACUUCAGGUGUCGUGGUUCCUUAUGACUAGAAAUGCAUUAGAAUGUGAAGUCUGAGGGCUCUUCUCAUUCAUGAAAGAUAUGUUCUGGUGUACUGUAGCCUGGCAGUGCCAUCACUAGGGGGUUUGCCCGGCUAUGUUACACCUUUCAGCACUCGCCUUGCAGUUUGUGAUUGUUACUGUGUAUCACAGUACUGCCUAGUGACUCUGGCACAGACCAGAUGUUGAUUGAUUCCUGCUGCCCUGAGCCCUCUCUGAGAACCAGGGCCAUCUGCUGUGCAGGAUGCAGGGCUCUAAACAUGGCCCUACAAACAGUGGGAACACUGUCUCCGGGGUAUAAGGAACCCUAAAUCCCUGACAUCCUAGAAUAAUGAGGGGGAUGUUUGGGUGCAGCCCACACACAGUCAGAAGAGGCAAACACAGAGUUGAAGAGUGUGUGAUAGGUAAAGCACACUACAACCAUAAUUGUUGUGUAGAUUCCUCAGGGCUUUUAGGCAGACAAAGCCUCUGCUCCUGAGAAUUCUUUUUUAGGUGGACAUUAGGGACCAAAGAGAGCAUUGCUGACACUGUUUCAGGGAUGGCACAGUGCAGCACAAUAAGCUCGUUUCUCUCAAUGAGAGUAGUCUAACAAGCUAACACUCAGAUUUUUGGGAAAAUUUCAUCUGAAUUGACUUGCUCAAGGUCACAUAAGGGCAUCUCGAGCUGGCAUGGUCGCACAACGUCUCAGCCCCGUGAUUUUCCUUCCGCACAAAGGGUUGGCAAAAGCCAGUGGUGUCAGUGCAGUCAGCAUUUUCUCCAUACCCCUGAAGCCCAAGCUAUGCUUUGGUAGUGCUUGUUGGUCCCAUAAAUGUUUCUUGCUACACUUCAUCCAUGGCUGAAUUCCAGGGACAGAGUAAGUCGUCUCUAUAUAUAGCUGAUGAAACACUUUGGGGUCUUCUGACAAUGACAGUUGUUACUAUGAAACCAGCAAAUUAAUUUUUUUCUGUUCUUUCUUAAUUUUUAUUUCCAAACCUGUCAUUGGAAACCUGUCAUUUAUUUCCAAACCUGUCAUGUACUUUAAAAAAUGAUUAGCUACUGUGUAGUUAAUGUCACCAUGUAGGACUAGCAUGGAGAUUUUUCAAAGUUUGUGCCUCUUGAUGCUAAAUGUGGGAGGGCUAAAUAUGCUCAAUGCCCCACAGUGCUUUUCCUCAGCUCAGGCAAAACUGGGUUUUGUUUCCCAGAUGUAUCUCUCUUUAUUUUUUUAAUGUAUGUGUUGGUUUCAGAAAUAUUAAGUUAGUUUAAAGUUUAUUCAUACUGCUUUUACAUAAUGAAUUUAAUUCCUUCGUUUUCUUCUUACAAUAUAGUGUGUUUCUUACCUUGAAGAAGGCGGGUUGUAUUUAUUCUAUUGUAAAAAACCAAAUGCCAAAACACCUCUAAUAAAUGAUGAAUACAUUUUAUAACACACCUUACCUUUCUGCUUAGCUUUGUUAGGGAAAUUUAUGCAUAAUUUUUAGCAGAAUUCAACAUUUUGGCCCAAUCUAAAUAAUAAUUUUCUUAAAUAAUUCUUUUUUUUUGUUAAGCUUUAAACUAGUGGAUAUUUGCUACAAAUAAAAAUAUAUUUUAAGUACACGUGACAGUUAUAGCAUGCUUGAAAAGAAAAGGCUUUUUGAUCCCUGUUUUAAGAUUCUGUUAACAGUUUACAAGAAGAAUAGUCACUUUGAAUUUAUUUUCUUUCACUUUUCAUUGACUUCGUUCUUGAGAAAGCAUCCUACUGUUCUUUUUCACAGAGAAACAGGCUGUGACUAGGACAAGAUGAUUACUUAAAGACUCAAUGACUGAUUAAGCUCUCAUAAGGUUCUUCAUCUUCCUUGGCCUUUCUGAGACAGUUUUGGCAGAUACGAACUAUUGUGUUCCUACACAGAAGUGUUACAGCUGAAAACUAAUGGUGACCAUUUCCAUGUCAGUUGAUUGUUUCACAGGCAAUUAUUUAAGUAGAGAAAUCUGGCUCAUUUCUUAUUCUAGAUCUCAUUAGGUUCAAAUAGAAGAAUGAUCUGGUGAAACACACUUGCAGUGGUCAGCAUUUUUGAAGUUUUAAUAAAAGUUGUCAGUUUAUUCUACAAUUCUCUGAGAGGAAAGUGUAAGAAACAUGUUAAAGGUUUGAAAGUCUGAGAAACAGUAAAAAUGUGAGGGACAAAGUUCUUGAAAGAAUGAUAUGAUGGCUUUUGACAAGUAAAUGAAUGUUAAAUAUAAACUCUGUGAAAACCUUCAAUUUCAUUAAGAAGAAUGAUAGCAAUUAAUGUCCUUUAGAUAGAAAAGCCCUUUGAUUCUCAAGGAGCUUCAUCCAAGCAUAUCAGAAGGCUUUAACUUGGGUGGUACUCACUUGUGUGAACUCAGACCUGCUGCUGCUAGGAAAAAUCUGGCCUUUUGGUGCUCCUCAUGCAUGGGAAGUGAUGUCUGUUUGCCACAGUGUUCUCCUGGGUUCAAGGCACCAUUCCCCUGGGGGGCCCUUACUAGUGUUAGCAUGAACUACAGCUGCACAUCUUUUGCCAAGUAAAAGACAAAAGUAGUUGACAAUUCCUGAUCCCCCUGCCACUUUAUUUUUUCCAAUCUGUUUGGCAGUCAUGAAUAUUCUUUUGUCUUGCCUCAUUGUAAACAACUUGUGUCAUUUCUGCCUUAAAUAUACUUGCUGACUCUCAGGUACCUUGCUAUAUCAGCUUAACUAUUCAUGUAGUUCAUUGUGUUUCUUUCUUUUUCCCUCUUUGAGCCUUUUAUCCUUUCUUUCCUGCUCAGGUUGUUUAUUUCUGUUUUGGUUUUAUUUUCUUUCUCUUUAGGCACACAUAGUUCAUGGCUAUGCAACUCUGCCAGCUUUAUUUGGGAAUAGUCCUGACCUACCUCUGAUGUGGGAAGAAGCUUGAAACUUCUCCUGUGCUUGAUGCAGCAAAUAAGAAGAAAUGGUUUGAAUGACUUUGAAGGCUUGAAUUAUCAUUUAGGUGAUUGCAGUUAGACUUCUAUUGAAUACCAAAUGUGAGGUUGGUGUUGCACCCAGUGUGGACACUGCUAGAGAAGAUGACCUUGGCUGAUGAUAGGUGCAGGCAUUAAUGACAAGCUCCAUGAAGAACGUAGCAAACUUGCCAAUUCCCAGAAGAAACAUCGUUGCCAAAGCAACUGAAAUGAGAGGGCACGGGAGAUACCGGACGUGCUUGCCGGGAUGUUUGAUCUCGGCGCUAUCCUUUGAGAUUUUGCCCUGUGCACGGCACGAGAAAAUGGUUCCUGUAAAGUUACUGGUUCCACAGAGCUUCGUCUGUGCUUCUUGGUGCCUGCUUUUGGGAUUACUGAGCGUGGGUUUUGGCAAAAAAAAAAAAAAAAAGGUGUUGCUUUUUAAAGUUGUUUCCCUGUUGUCUAACUCCAGACAUAUUUCCACUAGAAAACGUUUCAUCACUUGGGUGUCCUUGCCGGGCUGGCUCGUGUAAUCCUUAACCUGAACGCGCGAAGUGUCUCAAGGCGGGACGCGGGCUCAGAGUAGCGCUGAGCAGCGUCGAGGUUCAUUAGCAGAUGGCAGGCGGGCCGCGGGGCGCGGGCACUCGUGUCAGAAAGCGCCACACCGAAAGAAGGGCCGGCUGUGUGUCGGGACGGACAGACGGGCGGGCCGGCUGUGUGUCGGGACGGACAGACGGGCUGUGUGUCGGGGCCGUGUGGGGCCGGGGCCGGCCGAGCGCCACGUGACGGGCGGCGGGGAUAAUAAGCGGCGGCGCGGAGCCGCGCCGGGCUCCUCCGCAGGGUCAGCGGCAGCGCGCAGGGAGGGAAGGACACCACAGGUCAGCGCCUACCUGGCAGUUUCAGCUUCUCAGCAAGAUUAGCCAAUAUUCGUUUCCUGUCACCUUGCAAAAAGGAAAAAAAACCCCAAAAAAACCAAAGAAAGAAGACACUGCCACCUACAACCUCUCAGCAAGUAAACUAAACUUAAAUCGUAGUAGAAGCCACAGCAGCUGAAGCUGAUCCCCGGGUAGCAUGAAUAGCAUGAAUCAGAUAGAGACAAACAUGCAGUACACCUACAACUACGAAGAGGAUGAGUACAUGACCCAAGAAGAAGAAUGGGACAGGGAUCUGCUCCUGGACCCAGCAUGGGAGAAACAGCAAAGGAAGACGUUUACAGCCUGGUGCAAUUCCCACCUCAGGAAAGCAGGCACACAGAUUGAGAACAUUGAGGAGGACUUCAGAAAUGGCCUCAAACUGAUGCUCCUCUUGGAAGUUAUCUCAGGGGAAAGGCUACCGAAACCAGACCGAGGGAAGAUGCGCUUCCAUAAAAUUGCUAAUGUCAACAAAGCUCUGGAUUACAUCGCCAGCAAGGGAGUGAAACUUGUGUCAAUUGGUGCAGAAGAAAUCGUGGAUGGCAAUGUGAAAAUGACACUGGGUAUGAUCUGGACUAUCAUCCUUCGUUUUGCUAUUCAGGAUAUUUCAGUGGAAGAGACCUCUGCAAAAGAAGGGCUGCUGCUGUGGUGUCAAAGGAAAACUGCUCCUUACAGAAAUGUGAACAUUCAGAACUUCCAUCUUAGCUGGAAAGAUGGCCUUGCUUUCAACGCCCUUAUCCAUAGACACAGGCCUGAUCUCCUUGACUAUGCCAAGUUAGAUGAGGAUGACCCCAUAGGGAAUAUCAACCUUGCCAUGGAAAUUGCUGAAAAGCAUUUGGAUAUCCCAAAGAUGCUGGAUGCAGAAGAUGUAGUAAACACUGCCAGACCUGAUGAAAGAGCCAUUAUGACUUAUGUUUCCUGUUACUACCAUGCAUUUGCUGGUGCUCAGAAGGCUGAGACUGCAGCUAACCGGAUCUGUAAGGUGCUUGCUGUGAAUCAGGAAAAUGAGAGGUUGAUGGAAGAGUAUGAGAGACUAGCAAGUGAGCUUUUGGAAUGGAUUCGCCGGACAAUUCCUUGGCUGGAAAACAGGACCCCAGAAAAAACAAUGCAGGCUAUGCAGAAGAAAUUAGAGGACUUCCGGGACUACCGCCGCAAGCACAAACCUCCCAAAGUCCAGGAGAAAUGUCAGCUGGAGAUCAAUUUCAACACCCUGCAAACAAAACUGAGAAUCAGCAAUCGGCCAGCUUUCAUGCCAUCAGAGGGGAAAAUGGUUUCAGAUAUUGCCGGCGCUUGGCAGAGACUUGAACAAGCUGAGAAAGGCUAUGAAGAGUGGCUGCUGAAUGAAAUACGACGACUGGAAAGACUUGAACACUUGGCUGAGAAAUUUAGGCAGAAGGCUUCCACUCAUGAACAGUGGGCAUAUGGCAAAGAGCAGACCUUGCUUCAGAAGGAUUAUGAGUCUGCCUCUCUGACAGAAGUCCGUGCCAUGUUAAGGAAACAUGAAGCUUUUGAGAGUGAUUUGGCUGCUCACCAGGACAGGGUGGAACAGAUCGCUGCCAUUGCCCAGGAGCUGAAUGAACUGGAUUACCACGAUGCUGCAAGUGUCAAUGAUAGAUGUCAAAAGAUAUGUGACCAAUGGGACAGUCUGGGAACACUCACUCAGAAAAGGAGAGAAGCACUGGAGAGGACAGAGAAACUGCUUGAAACAAUUGAUCAGCUUCACCUGGAGUUUGCCAAAAGAGCUGCUCCUUUCAACAACUGGAUGGAAGGUGCUAUGGAAGACCUACAGGACAUGUUUAUUGUUCAUAGCAUAGAGGAAAUUCAGAGUUUAAUCUCUGCACACGAUCAAUUUAAAGCUACUUUGCCAGAGGCAGAUGGUGAACGACAGGCCAUACUGUCUAUCCAGAAUGAAGUUGAAAAAGUCAUCCAGAGUUACAGCAUGAGAAUAAGUGCAACCAAUCCUUACAGCACUGUUACAGUCGAAGAGAUUCGUAGCAAGUGGGAAAAGGUGAAGCAGCUGGUGCCUCAGAGGGAUCAAUCCUUGCAGGAGGAAUUAGCCCGCCAGCACGCCAACGAGCGCCUGCGCCGCCAGUUCGCUGCUCAGGCCAAUGUCAUCGGGCCAUGGAUCCAGACCAAGAUGGAGGAAAUUGCCCGCAGUUCUAUUGAAAUGACAGGGCCUUUGGAGGACCAGAUGAAUCAGCUGAAGCAAUAUGAGCACAAUAUCAUUAAUUAUAAACACAAUAUUGACAAACUGGAAGGAGAUCAUCAGCUUAUACAAGAAGCCCUGGUGUUUGACAACAAGCACACCAACUAUACCAUGGAGCACAUCCGUGUUGGAUGGGAGCUCCUGCUUACCACCAUCGCUCGAACUAUCAAUGAGGUUGAGACUCAGAUCCUCACAAGAGAUGCCAAGGGUAUCACCCAGGAACAAAUGAAUGACUUCAGAGCAUCAUUCAAUCACUUUGACAGGAGGAAGAAUGGAUUGAUGGACCAUGAUGAUUUCAGAGCUUGCUUAAUUUCAAUGGGUUAUGAUUUGGGUGAAGCUGAGUUUGCCCGAAUCAUGUCUCUGGUUGACCCCAACGGGCAAGGAACCGUCACUUUCCAGUCCUUCAUCGACUUCAUGACCAGAGAAACGGCAGACACUGACACGGCUGAGCAAGUGAUAGCUUCCUUCAGAAUCCUGGCUUCAGAUAAGCCUUAUAUCCUGGCAGAUGAGUUGCGUCGAGAGCUGCCUCCUGAGCAGGCUCAGUACUGCAUCAAGAGAAUGCCUCCGUACACCGGCCCGGGCUCUGUUCCUGGGGCUCUGGAUUACACCUCUUUUUCAUCAGCACUGUAUGGAGAGAGUGACCUCUGAUUCAGUAAUUGGCUGUAUUCAUGGUAGACACUAUAAAUACCCACCUUAUUGCCCAGAUUGCUUCUCAAAAGCUUUGACAAGCUGAUUUAAAAACAAAAUUUACAAAUACAGUAGGUACCGUCAGUGUAAAGUGCUAGUAACUGAAUUAACCGGUGUAUAUUAAAGUGUGCAGCACGCUAGAUACCUGCCUUGUUGGUUUUAGGUUGUCUGUCCUAUGCAAUGCUAGAAAAUCUAUUAAAAAUUGAAAGAUAUUAACUUUGGAAAAAUAUAUUCAGAAAACAGAAUGUAAAACCUAAAAAUGUUGAAACUCGCAAAAUAUUUCUCCAUUUUCAAAAUGUUUCAAUGCCAUAUGCGCUUCUUUUACGAUGUUCAUAAAACUAUGUUAGAAGUCAUGCUUUUUUUCUUUCAUAGAGCAAUAUUACUUUCCUCUCAUGAUUUCUGAUUUUGUAUGCUCCUGUUGGUGGAAUUGAAUAAAAUACUAAAUGCAGAUUUUCAGGGAAGAAAUAUAACAACCACAUACAUGACUUAAUUACAAAAAUAAUCCAGAAUGCUAUGCUUUUGUCUCAAAGAGUUGUAAUAUAAGGGGGAAAAGCUGAUUAAAGUGCAGUUUUAGAGUUCUGUAAGCAGUUCUUUUCUUUUAGGCCUUUAACUUUUACAGCUGAGGGAAUAUAACUUUUAUAAUCAGAAAUAAUAAGGAAGCUAAUUUCAUGUGAACUGUUUUGUUAUGAAACCCUCAUUCUUGUCUAUGUUGGACAGUCUUUGUUUCUCAGUAUAAGAAUGCAUUAUUAUAUGUAUUAGUGGGCAACAUUCAUCUCUAUCCUGCAUAAAGCAAACUCCCAGCUGAGCAAAUGUAGUAUGGUUGUCUUGCAGCUUUAACUGUUCAGUGCUCAAAAUUCAGUUUGUCCUGAGUUCUGCUGCGUCGCAGGCAGUCUGUCUGUCCCUGGCUCCUGUGCACUAGACGUUUACUGUUUUUUCCAUCUUGAGAAAUGACAGAGAAUAAAAGCAGUAACUUUUUUACUUGAAUCCUACCGACACUGAGGAAAUGCAAUGUCAUCAAACGAAACCAUUUACAAAUGGUGACGUGAGCUGUGCAGCCCAGUGCUAUCAAAGCAAUGAUGUGCCUAUUAAAUAAAGUCUGCUUUUCAAAACUU